CUCAAAGGGGCUGUGAAAUAUUCAACUGCAGAAGGUUUCCUGUUCAAACUAGUAAGAGGUUAAUUGUUUAUGUAAUUUUGUCCAUGGCAAUCUUCAGAAACACCCAGAAUGGUUACCGGGCCUAAAGAGUAUUUCUGGAAUUAACUUAUGGCAAUUUGUCUUGGAUGUCAUUCAAUGUACCACACACAAGACUGAAACUUAACCUGGGCUUGUCGAUUCCAUCGUCUGCAUUUUUAAAUGCACGAACAUGUUGAUUUGAUGAUAGCUUUGAAUGAGAUCCAAUGAACUGACUUUUGUAUUUGGAAAUCCCAACUCCAUUAAUAGGGUUUUAGUGCUUCGCCAAAGGUGGUAUGUGGAAUUGAAAUGGCUGACCAACGGGCAGAAUCUAGUCAUUCAUGUGAAAUAUGUGGUGUGGAUGGUUUGUCAGAUGACAGCCUACGCUCACACAUGGCCAACAACCAUCUGGAGGGUGCCGCUACUUGCCCAUUUUGUGACCUAGGAGACAUAACUCCAAAAGAAAUGUUAAUCCAUGUCAAUAGUGCUCACUUAGAUUAUCUGACACCUGAAAACGAGUGUAUAUCUUUCAUAGAUGAAGAUGAGGACCAUGACUCUUCCGAAUAUGGGAAGGAUUUCACAAGCAACCACUCUAAGCCCAUCCACCAGAAUUCAAUUGUUGAACCCAGUCCCAGCUCCAGUGUUCUUACAGGUCACUUUUCUGGGUUGUCUGGAGGAAGAGGAGAGCAUGGCCCCGGUUCACCACUGCGCAAGAAACUAGCCCUACAGCUGACGUCGGAGGCUCCAUGUGUCCAGCUUCUGCAAUGCCCUCUUUGUCCUUUCACUAAUGCAUCUUCUUCUCAACUUGAAGAACAUGUCAACAGGGCUCAUUUAGACCCACUUAGUCCAAGCACUGGAGGUCACAAUGAGGCUGUGGAGGAAAAAAAAUUAGACUGCCCACUCUGUAUUGCAAAGUUUCAGUCUUCUACUGAACUUGAGAGACAUGUGAAUUCAGCUCACCUAGACAUACUUAGCCCACAAAAGCCUGUGUCUAGAAAUGAAGCUUGUGGAAGUGAACGCAGGAAUGGAAGCUCUGGGGAUGGUUGUCCUUUGUGUAAAAUGUCUAACUUUGCAUGCGACCGUGAUUUAGCUCUUCAUUUGGAAGAGCACUACAGAAGAAGUGAUACAACACCAGAUUUGUCAUCAGAUCAGUUGCUAGCUCGUGCAGUUGAACAACAGGAGAAGGAUAACCGACGUCUUCAAGAACAGAAAGAAUUUGAUAUGCUCCGGGCACAAUAUGGAAUGGACAACCAAGGAAACUUUAGACAACAAAGUUUGACAAAUAUGCAAAGAGCUGUGUGCUCUGGAGAGCUGACAAUAACUGACUACUAUGAAAGACAAAUGGAGCUGAGAAUGGCUGAAAAUUAUGGAAUUGAUGAUCAAUCAUCUUGCACCAAAGACAUCAUUCAGAAAAUUCACACUUUGAGUUCAAUGUCAAAAAAUGUUGUCCGCACCUAUGUCUGCAGCAGAAUUGAUCAUUAUGCUUCAACUUAUGGUGAUAAAGGAUGGGGUUGUGGGUACAGGAACAUGCAGAUGAUGUUGUCGUCCCUGAUGCAUCAUACAAAAUACAGUGAUCUCAUGUACCAAGAAGGAAGUGGUCUUCUGGGUAUUAAUCAACGAAUGGCUGUACCCUCUAUCUCUCGGCUACAGAAGCAUAUUGAAUGGGCCUGGGGCAAUGGCUUUGAUCCUCAGGGAUGUGAUCAGCUUGGUCGUAAACUGUACAACACAAGGAAGUGGAUAGGGGCAACAGAAAUGACGACUCUUUUGUCUUCCAUGCGCAUCAGAUGUGAACUAGUUGACUUUCACCGUCCCACUGCUCCUGAUGGAAGUCAUCCACAGCUUUUCAAUUGGAUAUUGCAAUAUUUCCAGAAAGCAGAUGAAUUUAAGCCUCCUCUCUACCUUCAACAUCAAGGUCAUAGCAGAACUAUUGUGGGAAUAGAAGUUCUUCAACAUAGCUUGAACCUUCUGGUUUUAGACCCCAGCCAUGCUCCCCGACAAAUGGCUCAAUUUUGUGACACAUCUGGUGGGGCAAACUCAAUGCGCAUCAUCCGAAAGGGAUCUGGCACUAUGAGAGCAAGACAAUAUCAGCUUGUGAGUGUAACAGGGGUUAUACAGUCAGAACGAGAAUUAGAGAACAGCAAGGUUUUAUCUUCUACCAGGAUUCCCUGAUUUCAUGAUUUGACUAUAAACACUUGAUCUGAGAUGAAGUCAUCAGGUCUGAAUGUAUAUAAAAUGUUUCAUUUAAUUUUUUUGUCUAAUUAAUAAAAUGUUUAAAAUGCACUGCAAAAUUUUAUAGCAUUAGUCAGUAUAAUAAUUUAAAAAAGCCUUUCACUGAAGAUUAUUCGUUUUACUUCAAAUGAGCUGUUGAUAAAAAAUUUUGUUUUCCUUUGGAAGUACUGCUGCUAGAGCCCAGUGUCACCUGGCCGUCAUCUCAUUAAGCCUGUGAUAUGUAUGCUUAAGUUAUUUUUUCUUUAAAUGCUUUUUUCUUUCUAUUUAUCUGUCACUAUAUUUUUAAAGUUAAAUUUUGCUGCCAUAUUGCUAUGUUAUUGAGAUUUUUUAGAGAAGUAUGAAUAUGACUUAACUUCUAAUGCACUUUCAAACUUUUGUCACCCGUGUAAUUCUUUGUAGGUUGGCCAAGCCCUUCCGUAUCAAAGUCUGGCAUUUGCAGGGUCUUGAGAAGGUAAUCUCAGCGCAGUGUUCACUGCCUUUUUUUCUAAGCAUACUUUACCCUGUACACUGUUUGAUUGCUUUUCUUUUCUUUAAAUAGACGAAUAAAAAUUUCA